CACAGACUAGAACAGGCAGACAUGACGAACAGCACUCCAUACAGCCAGCCAUGAGGAGGAGGAUAAAACACAGAUCACUCCACUGACUGACAAUGUAGUCUACAUCACACAACUGUGUAGUGUGGAUCCCUGGCCUGGAUCUGGACCAGCAGCAACAACUAACAAGACAACUGGUGAUGAAUUGGGAUGAGUUCCACACUGAGACUUGAGAGGACUUCUCAURCAUUCCUACUMAUGGGAAGCGGCCAUCUUUCUGGAUCGACGAUCUACCUCCCAACCGUCUGAUUGACGACAGGACAGGAAGACAUGCUGUGAAGAGAGACAGAAGACAGACAGACAGUCUAGUUGGAAGGAAUAAAGGAGGACCGUUAGCCUGUGUUUCCUGCUGCCAUGCCGUGGUACAUCCUGCCCUGCCAGCCCAGCUGCCACAUGAUCUGGCUGGUUCUGGCUGCCCUUCUGCUGCUACUGACGGGCUGUGUGUCUGUGUCUCUGGAAGAGCUGCCCAGGGGCCCAGGGGACAUAGCUGGCAGCGGGUCCAUGAGCGCCAGCACUAACACGAACGCUCGCCAGUACAACUCUAUCCAGCACGGAUCCUGCACCUAUACCUUCCUGCUACCAGAGAACGCUGGUMGGAACAGGCCGUGCUGGACGGAGGCGGAGGGGGUCGGCAGCUCCAGCACCAGCCAGGGACAGGGCCAGUACCAGGGGAACACUCUACAGGGAGAUGCCCCCCUGAUAAAGCCCAAGCUCCCAGGACUGGCCCCGGCUCUGGGCAGCCAGAGGAUCCAACACCUGGAGCACGUCAUGGACAACUACACACAGUGGCUUCAGAAAAUUGAGAGAUAUGUGAAGGACAGUCUGAAUGUGGAGAUGGCUCAGCUGCAGCAGAGUGCUGUCCACAACCACACAGCUGCCAUCUUGGAUCUAGGCACCAACCUCCUGACCCAGACUGCCCAGCACACACGGAAACUGACAGACGUAGAGAUCCAGGUGUUGAAUCAGACCUCCAGGCUGGAGAUUCAACUCCUGGAGAACUCUCUGUCCACCAACAAACUGGAGACCCAGCUCCUCCACCAAUCUACAGAGAUCAGCAAGCUGCACGACAAGAACAGGCUCUUAGACCAGAAGAUGCAGGAGCUGGAGUCUGGGCACAAUGAGGAGCUGGUCACUUUCCAGGAGGAGAGGUCCAGCCUGCAGCAGCUGGUAGCCAGGCAGAGCAGCGUGAUCACAGAGCUGCAGACCCAUCUGGACCAGGCCACUGGCAACAACAGUAUCCUGCUUAGCCAACAACAGCAGCUCACUGACACCGUCAACAGUCUGCUGAAACUCUGCUCUAAGGACAGAGGGUCUGGAGUCCCAAACAGCAACCUUGCCUUUAAGCAGAGAGAUUCAUCUCAUGAGGAGAGAAAGUAUCGGGACUGCUCUGAAAUCUUUCAAGCUGGCUUCAACAACAGUGGAGUAUAUACUAUUCACAUCAACACACAGGAGACCAAAAAGGUUUACUGUAACAUGGAGGCAGCAGGGGGAGGAUGGUCCGUCAUUCAGAGGAGAAAAGAUGGAACCAUGGACUUCCAGAGGARGUGGAAGGAGUACAAGAUGGUGAGGAGGACAGGGUGGGAUAUCKUCACAGCAUUCUUCUGAUGUUGGUGAAUACAUAGCACCAGGGAUUGACAUGGGUAAUCGGGAUCCCGGGACUUUAGCGGGAACACUCUUCACGUUUACCCCCAAAAAUACAUGACAAGACCCGGGAAAUUACAAUAAAAUUCCCCAAUGUCUGCACUAAUGAAAUCCCUCAGCAAAAGAUUAACAAAAACAUUUAUUGGACAUUAUCCAAACAGGUUGUCACAUUGAAGCCUUUAGUCUAGCAUAUUUGACACAAAGUCGCUAUAAAUUCAAAGCGCACAAAUUGACACCUCCGGUCGUGCUGGACUGCACACACGACCCGAAUACAGUUAAUAAACCCCACAGGAAACCCUACAGUAUAGCCUUUUAAAGAGRGUGUGCCUCUUUAAGCUGUCAUUGUAAAUCUUCAGACAGUCACAAAUUUGAUAGGCCUAUGUACAAUUCACUACAUAGGCAUCUCUGUUACAGGCAUGAAGUCUGUUAACAAGGCAUGAGGGAAAAUUCUAUAUUCUCAUCCUAGAACCUAGGCUAUUUCCCUAUCCAAUCCCAAUCCUAAUGAAACCCAAAAUCCUGACUCAUAUCUCAUUCCUGUAGCUAAUUUUAUU